AUGAAACAAGCAGUUAUACAAGACCGACUGAUCUCUUCAACAUCAGAAACAAUCGAAAAAACAUCAAAAAAGUUUUGUGAUAUGACCUCCGUUGUUGCGGAUGAGCAGGCAAAGUUGUGGCAAAUAGUGGACAAAGCAAAUCGCGUGCAAAUACAACAAAACUUCUAUUUGAAAAGUGUCAUCUCUGACGAAAAUCAGUCGUUGAUUAAUUGCCAACACAAAAUGGAGGACGUUGUGACCGAUAUGGCAAAGUAUAAAACAAUCACAUCGUUUACUACUAUGUCAUACUCACUCAACGAUCUGUUCACUUUUAUUAACACCACAAUACCUAAACAACAAUAA